ACCAGGACAGGGGCUUUUCUCCGACCCCUGCUACGGGCGACCGCUCCUAAAAUCACGAUACCUAGGAAUCUCCCAGUCUCUAUGCAUUGCUGGCAAAGUGCAGAAAUGGAGGAGAGCACAUUUGAAACAUUUGAGGAUGAACUUGGAGGGCCGCUGCAGGAGGAACCAUCUUCCAAGCCUGUCAAAGUAAUUCGCAGGCCAGAUGUACAUGCUACAAAGAAAGUGAAAGAGGAAUCUCUGAGCCCCCAGCAUGUUCCAAAGUCAGCCCCAAAGGAAUUGUCCAGAACCACAUCAUUACGUCGUGCACUGUCAAUUCAAACCCUGAGUCAGAUGGAGGGCCCAUGGCAGGGGAUCACGCUGAAUCGCUGUCUGUUUGUGGCAAUCACCAUCUUAGUGAUCAGCUCUGGGUGUCAGAGACUACAUGAGGCGCUGAAGUCACUCAGAGCAGUGGAUCAUGGGAAGAGUGAGGAGGAAGGUCUGACUCUGAGACAUGUGAACCUGAAAGAGGACAGAGCCCUACCACAGCCUGAGCCUGAGACCUCUCUGUGGGACACACUGUUCUGGUGGGUGAUGGAGGAUGAUGAUGACCAGGACGAGGAUGAAGAAAGCCCAGAAGAAAAGCCGAAGAGGAAGGAGGUGAAAGAGAGAGGCGAUCGUGGGGCGUCGGGGAAGGACGAACGCAGGGAAACAGCUGGGAAACAACUGCCGGAGAAAGAGGGGAGGGUGAAAGAAAAACGAGAGAAGAAGGGGAGGAAACAGCAGGAUGAUGAGACUGAGAAAGGGAAGAGGAGAAGCGAGAAAAGGGUGACGGUGAAACAGUGGGAAGAAGAUGAGGAGGAGGAGGAAGAGGAAGAGGAGGAAGAGCAGCUGAAGCCCAGGAAGAAGCAGAAAGGGGAGAGCCAAAAACGAGAGAAGCGACAGAAGGGGUCAGAGGUCACCCCAUCCCCGGAGAAGAAGAGUGGCAGGAGGGGGCACCGCUAUGCCCUGUACGAGGACACUUUUAAGAGGAAAGAGUAGAGAGAUGAGCUCAUGGGGAAACCAUAGGAUAUCAAAAUAAAGAAACACAAAGGAAAUUACUCACGAAAAUCAGUCCUGGGCAGAUGUAUGUGUAUGCAAGUUUAUUUUCAAAAUGUCCAUCUUUACUUAACUAUACGAGUCUCAACUGUAGUGACUGCAUUUGG